UCUUAUCGCGGGAGGCCGACUUUUUUUGUGAAGAUCCAAGCAUGAGAGGGAACUGCGAACGCUGAGGGAGACGAUUUGGCUGUUGAAAAUGAAGACCGAUUUCAAGUUCUCAAACCUCCUCGGUACGGUAUAUCGCAAAGGAAACCUUCUCUUCACACCGGAUGGGAAUUGCUUGAUAUCCCCGGUCGGCAACAAGGUCACAGUUUUUGAUCUGGUCAACAACAUUUCCUAUACCCUGCCUUUUGCGCAUCGAACAAAUAUCCACCGCUUAGACCUUACUCCUCGAGGCAAUAUCCUCCUCUCCGUCGACGAACAUGGCCGCGCAAUUUUGACCAACUUCCACCGCCGUGUCCAGAUUUACAAUUUUUCGUUCAAGGGGCGCAUCUCUGCCCUGAAAUUCUCCCCAGAUGGUCGUCAUUUUGCCGUAGGAGUGGGACGCCGGCUGCAAUUAUGGCAUACCCCGGAAACCCCUAGCGUCGGUACGGACGGAGAAAUCGAUUUCGCCCCGUUUGUCCUGCAUCGAGAUCUUGCAGGUCACUUUGACGAAGUCGAGCACAUCGAGUGGUCCAGUGAUUCCCGGUUCCUGUUAACCGCGUCGAAAGACAUGACGUCGCGGGUGUGGAGUCUGAAUCCAGAGGACGGUUUCGAGCCUACUACACUUUCCGGGCAUCGACAGGGAGUGAAGGCAGCGUUUUUCUCCGGCGACCAAGAGAUUAUUUACACUGUCAGUAGAGACUGCACACUCUUGAAGUGGGAGUAUGUCUCCAAGAAGGAUCCGGACACAAUGGAAGAUGUAGAUGAGCCGCGAUGGCGAAUCGUCAAGAAAGAAUUCUUCCAGCAGCCGCAUGCCACGGUCAAGUGCGCCGCAUUUCACGCGCCCUCCAACUUGCUCGUCGUCGGUUUCUCAAACGGGCUGUUCGGCCUGUAUGACUUGCCAGAGUUUAACACUAUCCAUCUCCUAAGUGUCUCACAAAGUAAUAUCGACGUCGUUGCGAUUAACAAAUCCGGAGAGUGGUUGGCCUUCGGAUCUUCGAAAUAUGGCCAAUUGCUAGUUUGGGAAUGGCAAUCAGAGUCGUACAUCCUGAAGCAACAAGGGCACUUAGAUUCGAUGAAUGCGCUUGCCUACUCUCCCGACGGCCAAAGGAUCGUGACGGCUGCCGACGAUGGCAAGGUCAAAGUCUGGGACGUCAAGUCCGGCUUCUGCCUUGUCACAUUCACGGAACACUCGAGUGGAGUGACUGCUUGUCAGUUCUCGAAAAAGGGCAAUGUUUUGUUUACAGCAUCUUUGGACGGCUCUGUAAGAGCCUGGGAUCUCAUUCGUUACCGGAACUUCCGAACAUUUACCGCCCCAUCUCGACUCUCGUUCUCCUCCCUCGCAGUUGACCCUAGUGGAGAGGUCAUUUGUGCGGGAUCUCCGGACUCAUUUGAUAUUCACGUGUGGUCAGUCCAAACCGGACAACUUCUUGACCAACUGUCUGGUCACGAGGGUCCCGUUUCGGCGCUGGCAUUCGCCGCCGAUGGAAACCAUCUGGUUAGCGGCAGCUGGGACCGUACUGUCCGCGUCUGGAGCAUCUUCGGACGCACUCAAACCAGUGAGCCAUUGCAGCUUACUUCUGAUAUUCUGAGCGUUGCAUUCCGACCCGAUGGGAAACAGAUCGCAGCAUCCUCCCUCGAUGGCCAACUGACCUUCUGGUCGGUAGCUGAUGCCGUGCAAGUUGCUGGUAUUGAUGGUCGCCGUGACGUUUCUGGAGGACGCAAAAUCACGGAUCGCACUACUGCCGCCAAUGCUGCGGGGACAAAGUCCUUCCACUGCAUCACAUACAGUGCCGAUGGUUCCUGUAUUCUUGCAGCUGGUAACAGUAAAUACAUCUGUCUGUACGAUGUGCAGUCGGGCUGCCUGGUCAAGAAAUACACGGUAUCCGUGAACACAUCGCUGGAUGGUACACUGGAAUACCUGAACAGUCGUGACAUGACCGAAGCGGGUGCUCUCGGCCUCUUGGAUGAAACCGGAGAAGCGUCAGACCGUGAGGAGCGCAUCGACCGUUCUCUUCCUGGUGCAAAGCGUGGCGAUGCCGGCUCUCGAACCACCCGGCCGGAAGUGCGUGUCAGCUGUGUAGACUUCUCCUCUACUGGACGGUCAUUCUGCGCAGCUUCCACGGAAGGGCUUCUCAUCUAUAGCCUGGACACGGAAUUUAUAUUUGACCCAUUCGACCUUGACAUUGACAUUACACCCGCCACAAUUCUCGCUACGGUCGAAGGCGCAAAGAAAGCUCUUGCAACCGGCGAAAGUGACAACGACGACACAUUCUUGAAGGCACUAGUCAUGGCCUUCCGACUAAAUGAGUCUAAACUCAUCCGUGCCGUCCACGAAGCUAUUCCUCCCUCAGACAUCGCCCAUGUUGUUCGCUCCAUACCGACCGUGUAUCUUCCUCGGUUACUUCGGUUCAUUGCCCACUCGUGCGACGAAACACCCCAUCUCGAAUUCAACCUUCUAUGGAUUGAAUCACUGUUGAGUAGCCACGGCAGGUACUUCAAGGACAACGCAGGCACAUUGGGCCCCGAGCUUCGUGCCGUUCAGCGCGCUCUUGAUGAGAUCAACGAGAACCUCAAACGCCUUUCCGAAAAGAAUUUCUACAGUCUCAACUACCUUCUCGCAAAACCCGUGCUGGCUGAUAAGAAGGCACCUGCCUUCCCGAGAUUGGUUGAAACCAGUGAUGUGGCUGCCAUAGGAAACGGCGAAGAGAAGACGAAUGAUGCCGACGACGACUCAGAGGGCGAAUGGCAUGGCCUUGAAUGAUUGCGCGCAGGUUGAUCUGUAUAUUCUCCUUUUGUACCCUUUCCUCCUGUUUGUCGCCCGACAUUUCAUGUUCUCGCCGUUCUUGUGACCUUGCAUUUGCGUCUGGCGUUGUGAUUACAGUGUUGCCAUAUACCUUGAAAGAUGACUGGGACAAUUAAAAGUUAUAGAAAUGUACAUAAUCUUGAUACACGGCUACUUCCAACCAAUACUUUCCAACUAAUUUGAGCAUGCUUCCUGGGGUCAGAUUUGUCAUAUUAACAUUCCG